AGAAGAGACUCGUUCCUGUUUAUAUUGUUAGAUGUGAAACCGAAGUUUUGUCAGGUGGAGGUGGGCAGAGUCAGACAGCAAGAGGAAUGUAAGCUCCGCGUCCCUCGUUCUGGUCCAUAGGGAAAUGGACGAGAUAAGGCCUUUGUUAGGCAACCAACCACAAGAGAGCCCAGACCUUCCGUCUCCAAACCUGAGGCCGAGACACCGGGAACUGAUCCCGACGCCAUGUGGUCCGAUAAAGCCCUGGUCGGAGCUGUCAUGUCUGGUGAAGCUCUAUUUCUGCUUCACCAUAGCAUCUCUGCUGGCGCUGCUCGGCCUCACCCUGACCAGCGUCUACAAGCAGCACAUGGCAGCAGAUGCAUCCGAUGAAGACAACUUCACUGUGUCUCUCAUCCAGCUGGUGGGAAUAUUGUUCUGCAUCUACUAUAUCAUCCGUGGCGUGCUGCAGGAGAACAGACAGGAGCUGGUGGUGUUUGUGCUCAGCGUGUUGGUGGUCAUGAUUCGAUCGGUGGUCAACUUCUCCGUGCUGGGGUCGAAGGGCCAGCAGGAGCUGCUGGUUCGUUUCGUGUGCAUCAUGAGCCUGGGUGCGGUGCACGUCCUUUGCACCUCGCUGCUGAUCCGGAGGCCCAACAUGAUGGCAUUCCGUGUGGGCGGGGCCUUAGAGAGCCUCCAGGAGCAGUAUUUCCUGCUCAACCUCUGUUUCUCCAUGGUGACCUUUGACCUGCAGGCUCAGUUGUGCCUGUGCAUCCUGAUCACGACGUCGGACGCGUCCAUGUCUGUUCGCAACACCAUCAUCCUGGGUGUUGGCGUAGUCUGGGCCUGCCUGACCGCCGCUGUAGGUGCUGUUGCGGUUUUAAAGGAGGCCAAGGUCUUGGUUUGGAUCUUCAUGGUGCAGAACCUUCCUCAAGGAGCCUUCUUUGUUUAUCUGCUGUAUACGGUGGUGGUGAAAUGGUUUGAGGACGACUCGUACAUAUUGGAGGCAGCUGCUAUCACUGGAGCUUCCAUUUCACUGGUGAUCAAAGUGGUUUUAUUUUGGGGCCUCAUCAGACUGGUGCACAGCUUCGGCCAAGGCCUGAGGGAGAGAAUGUUUGCAGCCAGCAAGUGAUAAAACACCCAGUGGUCUUGGAUCAAGGAGACAGCUGCAUGUUGAGGGCCUAAAAGUUAGCUUUAGCUCUGUGAAGCUCAGAUUUUUUUUUUUUCAGCAUCAACUCCACCAAAAUGAUCAGUGAGCUGAGAUCUUUUUACAUUUUAGCCUAAUGUUCUGUUUCCUGCAUAGAUUUUAUUUUAUUCAGCCAUCAUUUCUUCUGUCAGUGUGCCUGUUGUAUCUACAGCAUAUAAAGCACCACAGAUCAACUGUAACACUGUAUUCAAACACUUUUCUAUGGAACUACAUGACAUGCCUUGACAUGGACUCAUGGUGAUUAUUAAUUGUUCUCCAUGUGUAGACGCCAAAGUUUAUUUUUUUCCAAGUGGCCAACAUCCUUUAAUUUAAAAAAAAAAGUUCUUUAAAAUGUUCCUGAAAACCUUUUAAAAAACUUUUGAUUUGAUUUCCUUCUGUAAAUUACUUUAGUUUGCUUUUGUAAAUUGUAACUGUCUAACUUAAAUCUUGUGAUGUGCAUUGUCUAGACUACUUCUUUGAGCAACACUGGAAAUUUUUUUAUUAAUUUUUAUUUUUAUUAUUAUUUUUUAAACAAAACUUUCUGCUGCACCUUACUGCCCUUCCUCGAGUGUUUUUUCAUUCAAGGUUCUUAAUAAAAUGCCAAAACCAGA